GCCCCACUGAUCCGUUGCAAUAUUUGUCGAGUAUGACAGAUCGAUGAGGAAAUGCUUGUGCUUGCAGAGUACUGGAAUUUUGUGUUUUUAAAAUCCGAGAGUGACGUUUAGUGAUCGGAAAUACCGGUUCAUGGUGAGGAAUAUACCCGUCAAGGUGGUAAUCUGAAAUAUAGAACAAGAGAAUGGCAGAUCAAGGAUUUCCUGAUCAGCAUACUACUACCACAGUCACCUCAUCAAAUACAACAGUGCAGACAAAUAUUCGCUAUGACCCUCUUUAUGUUCGAACCAUCCCAGGGAUGCUGAAAGUUGCACAAAUUGUGCUGAAUCUUUUGGGAUUUAUUUGCAUCACAGUGUCAUAUGGGGCCAUAACAUCGCGUGGCAGCUGGUUCAAUACUGUGGCCAUGGGUGGAUUUUGGUUUACUGGAAUUCUUUUGGCUUUAUACCUGUUUCAUGUAAUAGAGAAGUUCUAUAGGAUUCCAUGGUUGAAGAUAGAAUUUGUGUUUUGUACCAUUUGGACAUUCUUCUACCUUCUGGCAGCUUCAUUGGCAGCUGCUAAUGGUAGAUAUGAUGAAGCUUUUGGAGCAGCUGCGUUUUUUGGCUUUGUGGCAAUGGUUGCGUAUGGCUAUGAUGCAUUCCUUAAGUUCAACGCUGUCCGUUCCGGUGCUCUAGCUCAAGGUGAGCGUGUUGUGACCAAAUCUUCAAGUACAGUUACCUCACCAGCAUACUGAAUUGGAGCUGUUUCCUUCAGAACUCUCUUCAGUGACGCUGCUUUAUCCCAUUGUGUGGAAUGGACAAUUAAUGUAAAUAGUGUGGAUCAUGAGGACUUGCUAGAACACACACCAGUUGUACCUGGGAAUCUAAGACAGGGAUGAAGUGGUUAGUUUAAUAUGGAUCACUUACUGAGCUUUGUUUGGUUGCCUUUUGAUUUUUACAUUGCCUAACUGAAAGGUGCACCAAUUUCUUGAUGUCUGAAAGAUGUGUAAUUUGUUUGGUUAUAACAUUAUGUUAGAUUCAAAUAUAUUAUAUUGCUCAUUGUCUGUAAUGAUA